AUGACCACCAACCGAGAGAAGCCAGAGCAAGUCGUUCAAACAACCCACCCAUCGAGAGAAUCCUCACCGGCUUCUUCAGUCUCCAGCACCAAAUCCUCAAAGCGCAGAACCACAGGCUCAGAAUACCAACCGUCUACACCACAACCGAAGCGCACCCGCUCCACCAACACCCCAAACGGUAUCACUCGCGCCACGCCUACCACAAAACGCAGAAUACCCAAAAAAGCAGCCUCCGAAACUUCGUACGCACAAUCCUCGUGCGCUUCGUCCUUUGCAGAAAUGGAAAAGCCAGAAGCACCCAAACAAAAGAAGCGAACAACCCGCAAAAGCGAAGAAAACUUUACCAAGCCUCGUACAAAGACUGGUAUGUAUACCGAAGCAAGUGACGAAGAAGAAGAAAAGAAUCUAAACAUCUCCCGCGCUGAGCGCGACGACCUCGUCUUCGAACUCACGUACGAGAAAGCGAGACGGCUCGCCGAGGCCGUCAAUAUACCCGAGGACUCGAACCUGGGCGAAGACGAGCAGAAACUGUUUCUUGAUCUGGCGACGCGAGGCUGCAAGCCGCUGAUGUCUGCGCACUGGCGGAGGGAUUUCUCGACGUUGCCUGAGUCGCUGUUUACUAGCGAUGACAACGACGUCAACAAGGGAAAACCAGACAAAGAAGACGACAACGACGGUGGUAUUGGUGAUGAAGCGCAAUUAGUCUUCGAAUCCCACCGCGGCUCGGAUUUCGGUGCUAUCAAAGCCCUCCAACGGCUCCUUGCUACAGGCGGCCAUGUCCGCGACUGCCAGGUGCUGGCUGCUCUGCCGCAACGGGUCAUCCAACGGGCUAUACAGCGGUACAUGCGCUGGGCUCUCAGCGACGCAGGCCUGAGGACCGGUCAUCCAGUCCUCCCCGUCCACGCGAUAUACGCGCAGAAGGAAGGCGAGAGCACGCUGGCAGCCCUCACGCGGGUGAAUCUCAGACUGGAGACACUAGCCAAACGACACCAGGCUUCUCUAUCUUGCGCGGUAGAAGUGGGGAACAAAAGCAAGGCCUGGCCCACGUUGAUCGGAUUCGUGCUCUGUGGCCCCAUCGUGGCGCUGGUUUCGCUCGAUACGGAUCCCGGGUCGCUGGGUUGGACGGAAGAUGCGGGUGUGAAGGUGAAAUAUCUCGGCCAGUUUGAUCUCUCCGAGGCGGCGCAGGAUGUGUGGAACUCCGUUGCGAUUGCUAUCUCCGUUGUGCAUAUCAGGAGGAUUAUGGCGAGGAUGGCGGGUGUUUAUGAGGGUCCUUUCGUGCCAAGGUUUAGGGGCGUGGAUGAUGAGAGGGAUGAUGAGGAUAUUUGA